AUGGAUCAUAAAAAUUAUAAACUAUAUAGAAUUAUACUAAUUCUCCAAGUAUUUGGUUUUUUUUUAAAAAAUAAAGAUUUUUUUAGAAAUAAUAACAAUGAUAAUAGCACUAAUAACAAUAAUAGUAGUGGUAUAUUUUCAAAAAUUGGUUAUUUAUUUAAUCCAUUAAAUUUAAUAUCAUAUUCCUCUUCUAAUAAUAAUAAUACAGAAAUAAAAAAUAAUGAAAAAAAAGAUUUAAAUAAUAACAAUAAUAACAACGUUAAUUACAAUAAUAUUGAAAAUAAAAAUGAAAUUUUAUUUUGGAAAACAAUAAGAAAUAAAAUUAUAUUUAAUAAGAUUUUAAAAUAUCUAUCAAACGGUCCAAACUUUAACUCUUAUAAAUAUUAUGAAAUCAUUCACGUAGAUUGGAUGAUAAAUAAUAAUAAAAAAGAAUUACUAGAAUAUAAAGUAAAGAAUGGUGACUAUUUAAUAUUCAAUCUUCCAUUUCUAAAUAAUAAAAACAAAGCAACCAAUAAUAAAAAUAAAAAUAAAAAUAAUAGAACAAUAAACCUAAAUAUAUAUAAUAAACCAAAUUUUCAAAGUCCACAAAAUAAUGAUUUAUAUACAAAACUAUUCAAAUUUAUCAAAAAAGAUACCGAUUUCUAUAUAAACCUGUUUAGAAACUACUCCAAUUACUUUUUAAUUGAUAUAGAGGCAACCAUCAUUCAAGCUAUCAAAGAAAAGUCUUUUUCUGCUUUAAAGGUACUGUUCAGUUAUUAUAAUGCAAAACUCACCAUAGAACAAGAGCAAAAUAUAAUUAGAAAUACCAUUAAUACCAGAAAUUUUAAAUCUUUAAACUAUAUUGUCGAAUCAAAGUUUUUACGUCACCAUCCAAUUCAAAUUACCCCCAAAGAUAUUAUUAUACUAUUUAACGACUGUCCAUUUGGAGAAAUCGGUAUCUCCACCAAUGUAGCAAAUGAUGCCGUAUACGAUUUGAAGAGUGGAACCCAGGAUAACACCAAUAGAGAAGAGAGAUCCUUUAAACUUUCAAAGUUAAUACAUGCUUGCAAAUUAAUAAACUAUAUCCUGGAUCCCGUUGUAUUUACUAUAGAAACUGCCCACCAAUUUGACGCAAGUGCUAUCCUCACCAAUGAUGCGAUUAGCCUGUUAGGUUUUACAAAGCAACAAUUAAAUACUUCAAUUAUUGGUCUAUUGAAAAGUGACAACAAUAUCUCUAGCUCCAUUGAAAAACUAAUUAAAAUGUACCUAUCAAUUACAAAUCAACAAAACAAAAACAUUAGAUACUAUUUAACUUUUAACAAUGGCUCAAUUAAUGAUCAAGUUAUUAUUAAUAUGGAAAUAAAAGAAACCUUUUCAAAGUGUUGCAUGAUUGCAUUUAGAUAUGGGAACUACACUUUAAUCAAAAGAUGGUUUAACCGAUUAUCAAAAACAAAUAUAUUCUUUGAAAUGAUACUUUUCCAGAGCUGGGUAGGCGAACUAUUCAAGAGAUACGAAUCCCCAGAUUUCCUUUUCGAGCACUGCAACUUUGACCACAAUAAAGAAAAUAUUGAAAUUAAAAAAAGAAAUUUUAUAAACUCUAUUUGCCAUGAUAUUUCAGAUUCAGAACUAAAUAAAGAUUUUAAAUUUCAUCCACUAUUGGUAUUUUGUUUAUGUGUUGCCACUGACGACCUCGAUUUAAUUAAGUACGCCCACUCAAAACUCCACAAUCUUAUUUCUACUAUUGAACUAGAUCCUGUUCUUUUAGAAAGACACUUACUCCAUCACCAUUUUUCGUUAUGUCUAUAUCGUUAUAUCAGAUCACCACAAGUUUUAGAUUACAUAUAUAAGCACUUUAAUAACAAUGGCAGCAUUCCUGUUAAUGGAACAAGUAUUACAUCAUGGUACCAUUUCGGAAAAACCAAUCUUUUAAAACACUACCAAACUUUAAUUGAAAUGAACGACCCAGAAGCAAGAGUACCAUUUUCAAGAAAACCAUAUGGUAUAGAAAAUCAAGUUUCAUCAAAAUCAGUCGUUCAUAUACUAAGCAACACAAGGAAAUUUAGGAUUGAUUACCACUAUAUGAUUGAGUGUAUCGAUGGGCAAUUCAUUGACAUUGUCGAAUUAGAUGAUAUCAAAUACAUCAUUAGUAACUGCCAUUGCUCUGCUAAAAGAGUUAAAUUUAAUAUAAUUAUGGUCAUGACUUCCCCAAAGUUUACCCAAGGUGAAAAAAUCGAAUUCUUUGAUUGGUUUUUUAGAAAUAAUCCAAGCAACUAUUUAGACUAUUUUGGUGACUAUAAUAUGGAUCUUAAUAAAAGAAUUCUCUCCCCAACUCAUCUAAAUUUAAUAAAUGGAUAUUUAUAUCUUACUGGUAGAUUAGAUCAAGUCCUACUAAACAACACCAAUAUUGCCAGCAUUAAUAAUCUUAAUAUGGAUAACCCUGAACCAUCCACCGAAAAUGCAUCAAAUAUUAUCAAAGACAUUACAGAUAUAUACCACAAUUUAGGUUUUAAAAUAUCAAAAAAUCUCUCGUUAUUUAGUCACGAAAAUUGUGACGAAAUUUUUUAUUGUAUUGGCCUCUUAAAUGAUACGGACACACUUGAUUUACUCAUGGUAUUAGAUAAUCACCUAAAUUCAACAAUAAAUAAUACCAGUUCCUCAACACUAAUUCAACAAUAUAUUACAAAUAAAAAAAGAUAUUUAUUCGAAUUACUUUGUGGUGCAGUUAACUAUGGUAGACUGAGCAUGCUCCAAUAUUUUUAUAAUAAUUAUAAAUCAAUUUUUUUAGAAUAUUACCAUAAUAAUAAUAUUAAUAAUAAUAAUAAUAAUAAUAAUUUAUAUGAUAAUUCUAAUACGCAAUACAAUACAAUAAUUUUAUUUAGAUAUGCAAUAAUAAAUAACUAUUAUGAUAUUGUUGAAUGGUUUAUCAAUGUAUUAGAUUUAAAAAUUUCAAAGAGUAUUUUAUUUGAUACAACCUCCACAACCAAUACUAAACAAAACAAUAAUAUCUUUACCGAAAAAGAUUUUAAAAAUAGUAUUAUUUUUAAAAACUUUAAAAACAUGUAUAUAUAA